AGAGACCGCCGGGGAGCAUAGUCGCCAGUCCAGCACCGAGACUCMCCUGGCCAAAGACUGCGCCGCACACUUGCCAGGAUUGCCAAACAUUCCUGAAAAAUAUACCUGCUAUUUAUGGCAUGUGGCUUGUAACUUUACUCCUGCUGUACUCUCUCCGGGAAGUACACAGUGAGGAUGUGGGCUCUACCAGGCUGUACUUUGUGAACGCAUCCCUGCAGAGGCUGACCUACUCCAGCUCGGUGGGGGUGUCUCUGCCCUGCCCGGCGGGCGGCACCCCCACCGCCAUCCUGCGCUGGUACCUGGCCACCGGCGAUGACAUCUACGACGUGCCCCACAUCCGCCACGUCCAUGCCAACGGCACCCUCCAACUCUACCCCUUCUCACCKUCCGCCUUCAACUCCUACAUCCACGACAACGACUACUUCUGCACCGCAGAAAACCAGGCUGGCAAGAUCCGAAGCCCCAAUAUCAGAGUCAAAGCUGUGUUCAGGGAGCCGUACACGGUGCGUGUGGCAGACCAGCGGUCCAUGCGGGGCAACGUGGCCGUGUUCAAGUGCCUCAUUCCCACCGCCGUGCAGGAGUACGUCAGCGUGGUGUCCUGGGAGAGAGACACUGUCUCCAUCGUCCCAGGUAACAGGUUCUUCCUGACGUCCUUUGGUGCUCUGUACAUCUCAGAUGUCCAGAAGGAGGAUGCCCUCUCUACCUACCGCUGCAUCACCAAGCACAAAUACAGUGGAGAGACACGUCAGAGCAAUGGAGCCAGGCUGUCUGUCAUGGACCCCACCGAAUCGUCUCCUCUCAUCCUGGACAGUUUCCAGGCGGGGGAAGUGCGGGCUGGUCAGAGUGUGGAGCUCCCCUGCAUGGCAGCAGGGUACCCCAGCCCCACGGUGCGCUGGCUAAAGGACGGGCGCCCGCUGCCCUCUGAUGCACGCUGGACGCGGCGCCUCACUGGUCUGACCAUCAGUGACCUCAGGCAGGAGGACAGCGGUAGCUACGCCUGUGAGGUCACCAACAGCUUCGGCUCGAAGGAGGUGUCCGGAGCACUCUAUGUCAUAGACCCCCUACGAGUGACCCUUUCCCCCAAGAGUCUAAAGACGGGCAUCAGCAGUACCCUGUUCUUUACCUGUGCUGUGGAGGGUUCMCCAGAGUACACAGUGGCCUGGUACAGGAACACAGAKRCUAUAYUCCCAGARCAGCACAUCUCUAUKCAGGGCRCCCACAACGACACCCUGCAGAUCACAGCGGCUCAGAAGAGCCACUCUGGGGCCUACCAGUGCUUCGCCUCCCGCAAGGGCCACACUGCCCAGGACUUCUCUAUCAUACUGCUGGAGGACGGCACUCCUCGUAUCGUGUCUGCCUUCAGUGAGCGCGUGGUCCGCCCCGGCGAGCCCUUCUCCCUGAUGUGUGCCUCCCAAGGAGCCCCACCCCCUUCCAUCACCUGGACACUGGACGACGAGCCUGUGGUGCGAGACUCCGCCUACAAAACCAGCCAGUACACCCUAUCAGACGGCCUGACCGUGUCACAUGUCAACGUCAGCAGCCCGGCCAUCCGUGACGGGGGAGUGUAUCGCUGCGCCGCACGCAACUCGGCCGGUAGCGCCGAGUACCAAGCGCGCAUAAACGUAAGAGGUUCUCCUAGGAUCAGGGAGAUGCGUGACAUCACGGCUGUGGCAGGAAGGAACACCUUUAUAACCUGUCGUGUGAUUGGUUACCCCUACUACUCUAUCAAGUGGUUUAAGGACGGCAUGCUGCUGCCUGACAACCAUCGCCAGGUGGUGUAUGAGAAUGGAACCCUGAGGCUGAGUGAUGUGCAGAAGGGCAUGGACGAGGGUACCUACCUGUGUAGUGUGCUCAUCCAGCCACAGACCUCCAUCGACCAGACUGUCCACGUCACUGUGAAAGUGCCACCACUGAUCCAGCCCUUUGAUAUCCCCUCCACGUCGGUGGGAAAGCUGAUGUACAUUGCCUGCGUGGUGUCGUCAGGUGACAUGCCCAUCCGCAUCACCUGGCACAAAGACGGGCAACUCAUCGUGCCUGGUUCCGCCUCUGGUGUUGGCAUAGAGACCAAAGAAUUCAUGAGCUCCUUGCAGAUCUCCAAGGUGACGCUGAAGCACAAUGGCAACUACACCUGCAUUGCUAGCAACGCCGCGGCAACCGUCAGCUGGGAGAGACAGCUGAUCGUCACCGUUCCCCCUCGCUUCGUGGUCCAGCCCAACAACCAGGAUGGGAUCUAUGGGAAGGCAGGAGUACUAAACUGUUCUGUGGAGGGAUACCCCCCUCCCAAAGUCAUGUGGAAACACGCCAAAGGUAUAGGGAACCCCCAGCAGUACCACCCUGUGCCUCUGACUGGUCGGAUCCAGAUCAUGUUCAACGGCUCCCUGCUGAUUCGGCACGUCCUAGAGGACGACCGGGGAUACUACCUCUGUCAGGCCUCCAAUGGAGUGGGCUCUGACAUCAGCAAGAGCAUGGUCCUCACCGUCAAGAUUCCAGCCAUGAUCACGUCGCACCCCAACACCACCAUGGCCAUCAAGGGCCAGAUGAAGGAGCUGAACUGCACAGCGCGGGGGGAGCAGCCCAUCAUCAUCCGAUGGGAGAGGGGCGACACUGUCAUCGAUGCUGAGAGGAACCCCCGCUACUCCAUCACCAUCAACAAGAAAGGGGACGAGGUCAUCUCCACACUCAAGCUAAAGCCAGCGGAGCGCGGGGACUCAGUCUUCUUCUCCUGCCAUGCCAUCAACUCAUACGGAGAGGGGCGAGGACUCAUCCAGCUUACRGUGCAAGAGCCUCCUGACCCUCCUGAGUUGGAGGUGAGAGAGGUGAAGGARCGCAGUAUGAACCUGCGCUGGAUCCAGAGGUUCGACGGCAACAGCAUCAUCACCAGCUACGACAUCGAGUAUAAGAACAAGUCUGAUACUUGGGAUCACAAGUACACCACCAGGAACAUCUCCCCCACUAACAACCAGGCUAACAUCGUGGAGCUGCACCCUGCCUGUGUCUACAGCAUCCGCAUGUACUCCUACAACAGGAUCGGACGCAGCCAGCCUAGCAAGGAGCUCACCAUCAGCACUGAGGAAGCACAACCUGAUGGGCCCCCUAUGGAAGUGAUCCUCCAACCAAUGACGUCUCAGAGCAUACGGGUCACAUGGAGGGCCCCCAGAAAGGAGCUUCAGAACGGGGUGAUCCGGGGGUACCAGAUCGGUUACCGUGAGAACGGGCCGGGCAGUAACGGCCAYUACAGCAUUGUGGAGAUGAAGGCCACAGGGGACAGUGAGGUGUACACCCUGGACAACCUGAAGAAGUUUGCCCAGUAUGGAGUGGUGGUCCAGGCCUUCAACAGGGCUGGCACUGGCCCCUCUAGCACUGAGAUCAACGCUACCACACUGGAGGAUGUGCCCAGCCAGCCGCCCCAGAAUGUGCGGGCUAUCUCGGUGACGUCAGYCGAAGCGGUGAUCACGUGGGCGGAGCCCCCGCGUCUGACGCUGCAUGGCGUGCUGAAGGGCUACCGUGUGGUGUUCUGGUCCCUCUUCCCCGACGGAGAAUGGGGAGAGAUGCAAAACAUCACUACAACUCGUGAGCAGGUGGAGCUGCUGAGAGGGCUGGAGAAGUUUACUAACUACAGUGUCCAGGUGCUGGCCACACACAGGCUGGGGACGGGCAGGAGCAAUGUCCUGUACAUCCAAACCCGCGAGGACCUCCCAGGUCCUCCAGCUGGUAUCAAAGCCGUGCCCUCAUCUCCCAACAGUGUGGUCGUGUCCUGGCUACCCCAUAAACCCAAUGGUGUCAUCCGCAAGUACACCAUCUACUGCUCCAGCCCAGGCUCCGGACAGCCGGCUCCCAGUGAGUAUGAGGCCAACCCAGAGAUGUUGUUCUACAGGAUCACCCAUCUGACCCGCGGUAAACAGUACCUCAUCUGGGCCUCCGCUGUGACAACUGCUGGCCGCGGCAACAUCAGCGAAAAGGUCACCGGUGGAGCUGCUGGGAAGGCCCCAGCUAAGAUCCUGUCGUUCGGGGGCACAGUGACUACUCCCUGGGUGAAGGAGGUCCGUCUGCCCUGCAGCUCAGUGGGAGAACCCACCCCCACCAUCAAAUGGACCAAAGACAGUGAGGACUCGACUAUCCCUGUGACGGUGGACGGGCAGCGUCAGAUCCUGUCCAACGGUACUCUGGUGUUACGUUCCGUCAAAGCUGAGGAUUCUGGGUACUACACGUGCACGGCUACCAACACCCUGGGCUUUGACACCAUCAUAGUCAACCUGCUGGUGCAAGUUCCUCCAGACCAGCCCCGUCUGACCGUCUCCACCACCUCCACCUCUUCCAUCACGCUGGCCUGGAUCCCUGGGGACAACGGAGGCAGUUCCAUCAGAGGUUUCGUCCUGCAGUACUCAGUGGACAACACAGAGGAGUGGAGGGAUGUGUUCAUUAGUUCCAGUGAGCGUUCCUUCAGGCUGGACAACCUGCGCUGUGGGACCUGGUACAAGGUCAAACUGGCAGCCAAGAACAGUGUGGGCUCAGGACGCAUCUCUGAGAUCAUCGAGGCUAAGACCCACGGACGAGAGCCCGUGUUCAACAAGGAGCAGCCCCUGCUCACCCACAUCAACUCCACCCACGCGGGGCUCAACCUGCAGGGCUGGACCAGCGGAGGCUGCCCCAUCACCGCUCUGCUGCUGGACUUCCGCCCCAAGGGCACGUGGGCCUGGCAGAGCCUGAAGGCCAACGCCACGGCCCAGCUCUUCCUCAGCGAGCUGCGGGAGGCCACCUGGUACGAGCUGAAGAUGAAGGCCUGUAAUAGCGCCGGCUGUGGGAACCAAAGCUCCCAGUUUGCCACCACAGACUAUGACGGCAGUACCAUCCCUCCUAUAAACUCGGCCCAGGAGGACAGGGAUGAUGUGAAGAAGCUGUUCUCCAUCGGCUCUCCUGUCAUCCUGGUCACCCUGGGCGUCGCCCUGCUCUUCAUCAUCCGCAAGAAACGCAAGGAGAAGAGACUCAAACGACUCAGAGAUGCUAAGAGCCUUGCAGAGAUGCUUAUCAGUAAGAACAACCGCAGCAUGGACACCCCAGUGAAGGGUCCUCCCCAGGGCCCUCGGCUCCACAUCGACAUCCCUCGUGUCCAGCUGCUCAUCGAGGACAAGGAGGGCAUCAAGCAGAUAGGUGAGGACAAGGCAGUGGCCCCAGUGACGGACACAGAGUUCAGCCAAUCAGUGAAUCCACAGAGCUUCUGCACGGGUGUGUCUCUGCACCAUCCUGCCCUCAUCCAGAACACAGGGCCCUUGAUUGACAUGUCAGACAUCCGCCCUGGAACCAACCCAGUGUCGAGGAAGUGUGUGAAGUCAGCCCACAGCUCCAGAAACCGCUACUCCAGCCAGUGGACCCUGAGCAGGCCGGGCCAGAGCCAAUCAACAGCCUCCGCAAGGACUCUGACCUCUGACUGGCGCACCAUGGGCUCCCACGGCAUCACCGCUACCGAGAGUGACAGCUACAGCGCCAGCCUGUCCCAGGAUACUGACAAGGGUCGUAACAGCAUGGUGUCCACAGAGAGUGCGUCGUCUACGUAUGAGGAGCUGGCGCGGGCCUACGAACACGCCAAACUGGAGGAGCACCUGCAGCAUGCCAAGUUCACCAUCACAGAGUGCUUCAUCUCCGACAGCUCCUCUGACCAGAUGACCACAGGCACCAACGACCCGGCCGACAGCAUGACAUCACUCAGCACGCCAUCCGAGACAGGCCUGUGUCGCUUCACCGCCUCGCCACCCAAACCCCAGGACUACGACCGCGGCAGACCUACCAACGUGGCCGUGCCCAUCCCCCACCGUGCCAAUAAGAGUGAAUUCUGCAACCUCCCGCUCUACAUGAAGACGGAUCCUUUCUUCCGGAAGCAGGCAGAACUGCAUGACCCAUGCCCUGCGGUCCCGCCCAGGGAGGCCUCCAUCCGCAGCCUGGCACAGCGGGCGUACCACACCCAGGGACGUCAUAUGACUCUGGAUCCGUCCAAGCAACAGGCCCUGACGCUAGGCCACUCUGGGUUGGGCAGUCUGGGCGUGAGCUCAGGCACUGCCACCCUCCCCCAGAGGACUCUCACCAUGCCCUGCUCCAACCCUGCAGCCACAGCCUCCACCUCCAGUACCAGCAGCAACCCCACUGGCUCCAGCACAAAGAUGGGGGGCUCCAGAGACUCACUGCUAGAGAAUAGCUCCUCAGCGCUGGGCAGACUGCAGAAGCAAGGGGUUGGGGCCUACUCUAAGUCUUACACACUGGUGUAGCUACUAGCCCCCCUUCUCUCUCUCAAAGACUAUACACUCCUGUCUGGCGCCGGCCCACACCCAGCCAAGCCCCACAUCAGUGUUCUACACUCCAGGUCAGGGUGGGCAUGUAGUGCAGUGCAGUGCAGCAGGUGUCCCCAGCUAACAGCUAGCUACUGUAACAGCUAAUUACCCAGUAGUGUAAUUAGUCUUUAUUCUGACCUUGGGUUCUGCCUCCCAGGAAUGACCAGAGACCAUUGUAACCUGCCUGAUUCAUGCUCACCUGGACCUGUAUAAAACAAACUACUAUCUCCUACUAACCACCAGUUCUAGCCUGAUGCCACGCUGCUCAAUUUGAGCACACACACACACACACACACACACACACACACUACACACACACACACACACACACACACACACA